AUGUGCGAAGCUGAGGACGAUGUGGCACACAAGCUGAAACUUGAGAACUCUUCUAUACAAUGGCGCCUUUAUCGUGGCUUUCGUUGGCGAGUUGCUGUUCGAGGGCGAUGCUUCUCUGAUUCAUUUGAUGAAGAGCGUGUCGCUCACGAUAUUCGACAAUUUGAGCUGGAUGAACAGUAUAGACAGCGGCCAGUGCGAGAGCAACCUGAAUUGAGGUAUUGGUGGCAAGACCUGUAUCAGUCUUCUAACCAUGAAGAAAGUGCCGCUCUCUCUGUCAGUUUUCCUGAAUUUUGGGUUGAAGAUGGAUCAAGCCAAGCAGAGGUUUUCGCCGUGUUGAAUGCAUUUGAAGAGUAUUAUGUUGCGUAA